CAGAGGAGGAAAGGGAGGAAGAGGUGGUGGAGGAGAGGAGCAGGAGGAGGAGCAGCGGCGAGCCCGGGCGACGACGGCGGGGCCCGAGCGCGGAGCCCCCGGGAUAGAGCGCGCACCGGGGUGUCCCGGCACCCCGCUCGCCCCGGGCCGCCGCGGAAGAUGGUGGCGGCGCCGUGCGCUCGGAGGCUGGCGCGGCGCUCGCACUCGGCGCUGCUGGCGGCGCUCAUGGUGCUGCUGCUGCAGACGCUGGUGGUGUGGAAUUUCAGCAGCCUGGACUCCGGGGCUGGAGAGCAGCGGCGCGCGGGGGCAGCGGCGGGAGCAGCGGAGCAGCAGCAGCAGCAGCCCGCGGCCCCGCGCCGGGAGCGCAGGGACCUGGCUGCCCAUCUGCCCGCAGCCCGCGGAGGACCUGGAGGCCGAGCCGGCGGAGGAGGAGCACGGGGAGGCGGCCCCGGAGGAGCCCGCGCACAGCAGCCUGCCAGCCGCGGGGCACUAGCCGCCCGGGCGAGGGAUCCACACCCAAGUCCACUGAUCACCCUAGAGACCCAGGAUGGCUACUUCUCUCACCGGCCCAAAGAGAAAGUUCGGACCGACAGCAACAAUGAGAACUCAGUCCCCAAGGACUUUGAGAAUGUGGACAACAGCAACUUCGCACCCAGGACCCAGAAACAGAAGCACCAGCCAGAGUUGGCAAAGAAGCCCCCCGGCAGGCAGAAAGAGCGUUUGCAGAGAAAGCUGGGUGCCCAGGACAAAGGACAGGGGCAGUCAGUCCUAGGAAAAGGCCCCAAGGAGGUGCUGCCUCCUCGGGAAAAAGCCCCAGGCAACAGCAGCCAAGGGAAGGAUCUCUCAAGACACAGCCAUACCAGGAAGAGUGGUGGCGGAGGGUCCCCUGAAACUAAGUCUGACCAGGCCCCCAAGUGUGACAUCUCUGGCAAGGAGGCCAUCUCAGCACUGACCCGCGCUAAGUCCAAGCACUGUCGCCAGGAGAUUGCAGAAACCUACUGUCGCCACAAGCUGGGGCUGCUGAUGCCAGAGAAGGUGGCUCGAUUCUGUCCCCUGGAAGGCAAAGCCAACAAGAAUGUCCAGUGGGAUGAGGAUGCUGUUGAGUACAUGCCCCCCAACCCAGUCAGAAUCGCCUUUGUCCUGGUGGUCCAUGGCCGUGCCUCUCGACAGCUGCAGCGCAUGUUUAAGGCCAUCUACCACAAAGACCAUUUCUACUAUAUCCAUGUGGAUAAGCGUUCCAAUUACCUGCAUCGGCAAGUGCUCCAGUUCUCCAGGCAGUACGACAACGUCCGAGUCACUUCCUGGAGGAUGGCCACCAUUUGGGGCGGAGCCAGCCUCCUGUCCACUUACCUGCAGAGCAUGCGGGAUCUACUGGAGAUGACUGACUGGCCCUGGGACUUCUUCAUCAACCUCAGUGCUGCUGACUACCCCAUCAGGACAAAUGACCAGCUCGUAGCAUUUCUUUCCAGAUACCGAGAUAUGAAUUUCCUAAAGUCGCAUGGUCGGGACAAUGCAAGGUUCAUCCGGAAGCAGGGUCUGGACCGUCUCUUCCUGGAGUGUGAUACACACAUGUGGCGCCUGGGGGACCGGCGAAUCCCAGAGGGCAUUGCUGUCGAUGGCGGCUCUGAUUGGUUCCUGCUAAACCGGAAGUUUGUAGAGUAUGUGGCAUUCUCCACAGAUGACCUGGUGACCAAGAUGAAGCAGUUCUACUCUUAUACCCUCCUCCCUGCUGAGUCCUUUUUCCACACGGUCCUGGAGAACAGCCCCCACUGCGACACCAUGGUGGAUAACAACCUGCGCAUCACCAAUUGGAACCGCAAGCUGGGCUGCAAGUGCCAGUACAAGCAUAUUGUGGACUGGUGUGGCUGCUCUCCCAAUGACUUCAAGCCUCAGGACUUCCAUCGCUUCCAGCAGACGGCCCGGCCCACCUUCUUUGCCCGAAAGUUCGAAGCCAUAGUGAACCAGGAAAUCAUUGGGCAGUUGGACUCUUACCUGUACGGCAACUAUCCUGCGGGCACCCCGGGCCUCCGCUCUUACUGGGAGAAUGUCUAUGACGAACCAGAUGGCAUCCAGAGCCUCAGCGAUGUGGCCCUCACCAUGUACCAUUCCUUCAUCCGCCUGGGUCUUCGAAGGGCUGAGUCGUCGCUACACACGGAUGGGGAGAACAGCUGCAGGUACUACCCAAUGGGCCACCCAGCGUCUGUCCACCUCUACUUCCUGGCUGACCGAUUCCAGGGCUUUCUGAUCAAGCACCAUGUGACCAACCUUGCUGUGAGCAAACUGGAGACACUGGAGACGUGGAUGAUGCCAAAGAAAGUCUUCAAGGUCGCAAGUCCCCCCAGUGACUUUGGGAGGCUUCAGUUUUCUGAGGUUGGCACUGACUGGGAUGCCAAGGAGAGACUAUUCCGGAACUUUGGUGGUCUUUUGGGGCCCAUGGAUGAGCCGGUGGGAAUGCAGAAAUGGGGGAAGGGACCCAAUGUGACCGUGACUGUUAUUUGGGUGGAUCCUGUCAACGUCAUCGCAGCCACCUAUGAUAUCCUGAUCGAGUCCACUGCGGAAUUCACACACUACAAACCCCCUUUGAAUCUGCCUCUGCGGCCUGGUGUCUGGACAGUGAAGAUUCUCCAUCACUGGGUACCAGUUGCAGAGACCAAAUUCCUUGUCGCACCUCUGACCUUCUCCAACAAGCAGCCCAUCAAACCAGAGGAGGCUUUGAAGCUGCACAAUGGGCCACCUCGCAGUGCCUACAUGGAGCAGAGUUUCCAGAGCCUAAACCCAGUCCUCAGCCUGCACAUCAAUCCUGCCCAAGUAGAGCAGGCCCGGAAGAACGCAGCCUUCACUGGGACAGCACUAGAAGCCUGGCUGGACUCGCUGGUGGGUGGGACUUGGACUGCCAUGGACGUCUGUGCCACAGGCCCCACUGCCUGCCCAGUCAUGCAGACCUGCAGCCAAACAGCCUGGAGUUCCUUCAGCCCUGAUCCCAAGUCAGAGCUGGGUGCAGUGAAGCCUGAUGGUCGGCUCAGGUAGCACUGGCCACAUGGGACCGAUACAGCCUGAACCCUGGCCUCUGAUCUUAUACGGGGGAGGGGUUCCUUCUGUUCAAGGACCUCUGUUGCCUGUAGGACAAUGGAAAGAGAGGAUUUGGAGGCCAGAGAGAAGUCAGCCUGUAUUUGUGAAGCUGGCCUCUGGGAUAGGUCGACUCAGCCCCAGGGCCACAAUGGUCUCCUUCUACCGGUUGUUGCUCAGUCCUGCAGGCCCCCGUUCUCCCCAUCCGAUGGCCUGCACCCCUACAAGUGAGUUUUAAACUUUUAUUUUGAGCGGCAGAACUUUGUUUACUGGGCACAGUCAGAGGUGGAAGGGCAAGACCAAGAUGAAAUCCAGGCUGCUCUGGUUGAAGCCGAGUUUCCUUCUCGAAACGCAGCCAGCCAGGUGGUCCUUUGCCAAGGGCAUCUCUAAGGUACCUCUUCUGAACCCAAGGGCUCUGUUUAAGCCAGUUUGACAAGCACUGCCCUGAGCAAGGGUGGGAUCGCCAUCCCAGCCUUCCAUUAAUCUCUUCAUUUCUGUGGCUGGGAAACCUUGUGCCCAUGCUAAAGGUAGCAAGCUGCAGGAAGCCAUGCUCCUGGCCUUCCCAGGGAGGCGGAGACAUGGGAGAAUUCCAAGGUUCCUGUUGCCACUCAGUGAGCUGUUUUCUCUGAAAACCAGAGGUUCAGGAAAGCCUUUUGAUGUGAAGCAGCCAAGGUCCCCAGACAUGUGACUGCCAACUUGCCAUCUGUCCAGAUCAGCCUCUUCCAAGGCUGUCACAAAUGGUAGCAGGAACAGGGUAAAGCAUACAGAGCCUGAGCUUCAAUUCUCCUACCUGCCCCUGGGCUAGGAGACAGCUACUGUGGCCUCUUUGGUACUUGAAAGUGGGAGCAGUGCAGAACUGGGGCUCUGAAUCUCAAAGGGGAUUAUGUGGAUCGGAGCUUCUGACCUGGAUGGCUGCACAGUAACACCCCUUACGUUCUGAGGUCAGAUGCCCCAAACCUUUGUGAACUGUGCACUUGGUGCUGUUUGCUGUGACCAAACUGCAUGGAUCAGACUCCUCCCACGCAGGAACAAACAUUUCAGAUUGGGUCCUUAAUUUCAUAUCCUUCCUCGCCGAGGUUGCCAACAGGCUUAAUCUGGCCACACCACGUAAAAGGAAGGUUGAGUUUCAACAGUGGGAAGGUGGUUCAAAAAAUAGUGUUAUUCAUAUUGCUUGAGUUACCAGAAACCCAAGGGUCUUCUUGCCAUGUGUAUUCGAGGGGCACUGAGGAAGAGUACCCCCUUCCUCCUGGAGUCCCCCAAAUGACAGAGUUCUCUCGGAAAAGUUUCACCCAUUCUUGUGUCUCUCCCAGCAUGGAUAAGGUACCGAAGUCCUCCUGGAUGAUACAUCUAUUGCACAGCCCCUCCCCCAUCUAACAUGGCGGGCAUAGAGAAGGGACCCUUGAUAUUUAUUAUUUAUAUGUUUUAGUCAAUGACUAAUUAGUAGGUGCUGUUUUUGCAGCUUGUCAAUUAUGUUAUCUUACUAACUGAAAUUGCCUUUAUUCACAAAAGGCUCCCUCUCCCCUCCCUUUCCCUGGUCUGCUUGCCUUUUCUCUCAUUCUCUUUCUGUCUGUCUCUCAGUGUCCACCUUCUGGUUCUCAGAACGAAGCAGGGGUGUAGGACACCAAGGUCCAGUUUCAACCAGUGCCCCCACUCUCAGGAAGCAGGCCCAUUAGGAUGGCUGGAAUCUCCUUUCACUUACACAGGAUGCUGGUGUCACCUUUCCCUCUAAAUUCAAAAGUGUUGAAAUGCCUGAGUUCCCCACUUACCCUAACCCAUGGACCAGGAUGUGAUGGGCUCAUUGGCUUGGGGAGGGAGAAGUGUGCCAAGCAUAGAACUAUAGAUCCACUCAGUUGCCCCCACAUCAGGCUUCUUGGUGAGCACAAGCUAUCACUAGCAGAGGAAGACAGGCUCCUUCCAAGAGUGAUUGAUCUUAGGAGGGAUGGGGUCAGACCCAACCAGGAGAGCUCAGGAGGUAGCUACUGUCUGUGCUGGUGGUGGAGCCUUUGGAUGGCUUCCUCUAAAAACCCAUAGGAUUUACAUUGGUUUCACAAACCUGCGGGAGCCAUGAGCCUGCUGUCCCAUUCUCUCAGUGUCCCUAUAUUUUGCUUUGGUCAAAGCUUCCCUGGGGCCAUGGAAACUCUUUGAGUUCUCCCUUGACCCCUUUUGCUCUAAAGACUUGUGUAUUCUGUUGUAGAAGUUCCUUGGGAGCCACAGACUCUGAGAUAAGGUCUGUCUAGACCCAGUGACACUCGGUGACAUAUUUCAUACUGAAGACACUUGGGAAUGGAGAGUCUACUUACUCUGGGGACACUCUGCUCCCUCUUUACUCACCACAACUAAUUUGGGGAUAUUUGUUUCCUCUGUUUUUGGACCCAGAAAACAAUUUUACUUUUAGUAAAAACAAACAAACAAAAA